UAAGCUCGUCAAGUUUUGUAAUUCCUAAUUUUUAUACCAUUAUGACGUUAUAUGACGUAAUUAUGACGUCAUUAAUUGAUUUUUUGCUAAAACGGGUUGUUUGUUACUUAGGGAAAUCUUUCCUGCUGGUUUCUCUCUUAACGAGUAUUCUCGAAUACGACGGGUCAGAGGUCACUGUUACCGCAUCAAAACUGCCCCGGAUCUUCUCCCUGGACUACGACCCUGUAACUGAACUUGUGUACUUUAUAUCUAACGGGGGCAUCAGAAGGAUUGGUCGUGAUGGAAAAAGGAUGGAGACCAUUGUAGAUAGAGUAUUUGCCUCUGAUGGCUUGAGGUUGGACCACGCUGGGGGGAAUGUGUAUUGGACCAUGGUACGCACCAUCUCAGUAGCCCGGGCGGCAGAUGGUGAAUCCUACGUCAAGACACUUCUGACUACCGACUCGCCUAGCGGUCUGGCUCUGGACCCCAGAAACGGACUGAUGUACUGGACGAGCGACGGUGGUAACGCCAGAGUUGACCGUGCUGCGAUGGACGGUAGCAACCAUACUACCCUUAUAAGGGGCCUGCAUAGACCCCGGGCCAUUACAAUAGACUAUACAGAGGAUCGAUUGUACUUCUGUGAUGGUUACAAAAUCUACAGCUCAGACCUCCAGGGCAAUUACACACUGUUCCAAAACGAUAUGACUUAUAAAGUCGGAAUUGCGGUGGAUGAUAACUACGUUUACUGGGGGUCAAUUUGGGAGGAACGUGGAAUCCGAAUGAAAUCCAAGUCCAGCACCAAUCAGACUUUUACUACUAUUAUGGCUGAUGACGUUUCACAUCCUGUGGACUUCUACGUGUCCACGGCGUCGCGUAUUAACACAACCAAUCAUGGGUGUUCUUCCUUCAAUGGAGGGUGUCAGGAGCUGUGCCUUUCGCAUCCGGAGGGAAUCAGGUGCGCCUGUCGAGACAACUGGGAACUGCAGAAAGAUGGAGUAACAUGCUGUCUUUCUGGCUACACCACAUACGCUGGUGCAUGCUUCAAGGCCUUCAACCAAGAAAACACCUACGACAAUGCAAGACAGGUGUGUGAAGCGGACGGGGGGAUGCUGGCCUUGCCGAAAGACAAAGACGUGAGCAACUUCUUAAGAGAUCUAAAGAAUGCCGUCAGUGAAAGCUCACGUUUCUGGAUCGGCCUGAGCGAUCAGAAGGACGAGGGUGAGUGGAUGUGGGAAGACGGGACUCAACACGACACCAUCGGGGACUGGAGCAACUGGCAGCCGGGAGAACCUAACGAUAACCAGGGAGUAGAAGACUGUGCGAACUACGGUGGUUCCGGAUGGAAUGACGCACCGUGCUCCUCUACUUAUAAGUUCAUCUGCCAAAUGGAAAAAGGUAUUCCACGAAACGUUUUGUAA